CGAGUUUAUUUUAUUUUAAAUAUCCACCAGGGAAUCGAACCCCUUCUUCAACCAAUGAACACUCGAUAGCCGCGCCAUAUACAUGCUCUCCGUCCCCCACCUCCAUCUCCGCUGCAUCCCACCUUGCCAACACAAAGAGAGGAGAGAUCGGCUCGGAGCUCGAGGGAGGUCCCGAAGCCAUUCUAGGGCUUUCUCGAGACAUUUCUUGAGGCGGGAUUCCAUCUUCUGGGCCGUCGAUGAGUUCUUCGGUCGCUUCUUCGACUUCUUGGUCGCCGAACCAGAUGACGCUUGCUGCCCCUCCUCGGACUUCUGGCUCGUUCGCUGGAGCGCGUAGGGUUCCAACGACUCGUGGGGCUUUUGGUGCUUCGAGUUCAGGUGGCGGCAUUUCGUUAAAUUGUUUGAUUCCGUGGAGGCUGGGGCAGCGCCCGCGCUGGGUCUGCGGUUCGAAGGCUCGGGCGGUGGUGGACCCCGUUGGGAGGGGUUGGAGGAGCGUGACGAGGAGAGCGGUUCUUGCCUCGGAUAUGGGGGCGGAGGUGGAGGUCGGGCAUUCCAGGUGUUUUCUUAGGCGGAACGAAGAAGAGCUGCUUUCUUGCAUAAGGAAGAAAGUUGAAGCUGGAAAGCUUUCUUCAGAUAUUGCUACCAGACUAGAGGAGCUAUUUUACAACUACCGCAAUGCUGUCAUGCAAAGCGGAGAUUCUAGUGCAAGCGAGAUCAUACUGUCAAAUAUGGCUGUUGCAUUUGAUCGUAUUCUCUUGGAUGUUGAGAAUCCCUUUAACUUUUCACCUUAUCAUAAGGCAGUACGAGAGCCUUUUGACUACUAUAUGUUUGGUCAAAAUUACUUCCAUCCGUUGGUAGAUUUCAGGAAAUCAUAUAUUGGCAACCUCUCCCUUUUCUUUGACAUGGAAAAGAAGCUUAAGCAGGGCCAUAACAUUGUUUUGUUCUCCAAUCAUCAGACAGAAGCAGAUCCACCACUGAUCGCAUUAUUGCUUGAAAGAACAAAUCCAUAUCUUGCUGAAAAACUGGUUUUUGUGGCAGGAGACAGGGUUAUUACCGACCCACUUUCCAAGCCCUUCAGCAUGGGAAGAAAUCUUAUUUGUGUGUACUCAAAGAAGCACAUGCAUGAUGUUCCUGAGCUCGUUGAAAUGAAAAGGAGAGCAAAUACUCGAAGCCUCAAGGAGAUGGCUUUGCUUUUAAGGGGUGGAUCACAGAUAAUAUGGAUUGCACCAAGUGGUGGUAGGGACCGGCCAGAUCCACUCACAGGGAAAUGGCAUCCGGAGAUAGAGAGAGGACAUCAAGGUGUAGACCAUGUGGUACCUCCUGGGACUAGCUUUGUUGAGGCCUUAUCAAAUUUGAGAAGUUUCAUUUACCUACAAAUAGCAGCACAAGGAAAUAGCUAACACUUAGUACACUAUAAGCUGGGGUUGGGAAUGAUUCAGAUGGGUAACUAUGUGCUGGCAACUAUAUCUAUGGCUGACCUACUGAGGUUGGCCUUGAUGCCAAUCCAGGAGACUGGAAGAGGGGGGCACUGUGGAUACACAUGGUGUGACAUUGGACAGUGAGCAGGAGUGUGUUGUGAUGUAAUGGAGGACUGCUGGUGAUGUGAGCACUGCUAAGAUGCACAAAUGGUAACAUAGGCUGUGUGGUGAGAAGUAGCACCCAUGGUCGGGCAAAUGGUGGUGCAGAGCCGCAGGCAAGAUGGGGUCUGAAGCAGGUUGUGUUGGUGGUAGGAAUGUUAUGUGAUGCUGGUGGUGUGAGGUGGUGGACUUGAAGGGUCAAUUUCGGGUGAAAAUCAUGAUAUCCUGCAUGUGCCAAACAUUUCUAUAUCUAUGAUCAUUUUUUGCCAACAAUUGUUUAUAUUUCAUUUACUUUUUCUGCUUUAUGGAGGCUUUGUGUAUGAAAUAGCUAAUCCGAACUUAUUAAUUACUCUAUUUGUCUGUCAACAGUCUUAUUUAUUGCAAAUUUUAAGCUUGGUAGGGAAAAUAAAGGAAGGGGCUUUAUGUGAAAUUUUGAGGGUGGAGCUGCCAGGUCCUCUUAGUCUUUGUUCCUAUGUUUUCUGUCAACUUCUACUUUGUUUCUGCCAGGUCCUUUAAAUCUAUCCUUCUAACCAAGGUUGUAAAUAGCAGUCCGACCAAGUAUUGGUCUCAAUACCUAUAGCUUGAUACUGGUACAUAUUAUUCUUUUUGUUUUUCUCUCUAUUGUAGUCAAUAAUGUUGGGUGGUAACAGUCAGUAUACCACCCUGUAAUUGUUACAUAAUGGUUUGUUAGGUUACCAGUAUUUAAAUCCUUGCUUCUAUCUACAGUUGUUUCACUCCCAUGCUUAUGUCAAUAGAACUUUUGCUGCUCUACUGUAUCCUGCUACUUAUGAACGAGCAGGAAGUGCCUCGUGCUCUUUUCCUUUGUUUUUUAUGUGCUUGGACUUUAUUGUUUGGAAAUAAAACUGGGUGGAAGAUUUUCUUUAUAAUUCUCCACUUUUUUUUUUGUCAUGAUUAAGGCCUAAACCUGAGACAUUUAGUUAAUGAGUGACGUGUUUAAAUCUUUCUAAAUCUUCUACAAGGUCUUCAAUGCAGCUUUUUUUUAUUUAUGGUAGCUGAAGAUUUUAAUUCCAGACAUUUCUGCUGGAACAUUUUGUUUCAAUUGGAUUUUAAUAACAACAUAGAGUUCCAAGAUAUAUGUCCCUGUGCCAGCCUGCUAUGUUGCAAUCAGAUAUUGGGUCAAGUAUCUGGUGGAAAUUGUGUUAUAUUUGGUGAAUUUGACUGAAAAGUUACUUGAAACUUGAAAGAACUUUGAAUAUUGUAAAUCCUCAUCGAGUGCAUGAUCAAAGUAAAAAGGGAUUCUUGUAACAAAAAAAAAAGAUUUAUGACUUCAGAAAAGGAUUAAAAUCUCAGUUUACUACUGAUAAUGAUUGAAGAUUGAUUGGUUCUAUGAUAGUACCAUAUAGUUUACCAAUUGUUGUUUGGACGGUAUUAAUUGGUAGCAACUGGACAAGCAGAGUCAGAGUUACAGCGAGGUGGCAGUGGAGAAGAGAAAAAAAAAGGAGAAAAACAUAAAAAACAGAUAAUGUAGCUGUCAACAGCUUGUAAAAAUAGGAGAAAACAAUAAACAGAGAUUUACUGGUCACAUUAGUACUGGUCAACCUACUACCCAGUAACUCCAGCAUGGUGAGCUUAUCAAAUGAUAAACUUGGUUUGGACUGGACCAGAUGAAAUUGCCUGGUGUGUGCAUUGGUUGGCUGUUGGACCAGUGAAUACCAGUCCGUACAGAUUGGUAUACCAGAAACUUCAAAUCAUGGGUUAACCAAAGCAUUUUUUGUUUUAGCAUUUUCUUUUGGUCUAUACCAGCGAUUUAAAAUGAUUCUCAAUUUAUGAGAUACUUUGGAAGACCAUUCUCCUUCACAACUGAUUGUUUUUUCACUUCAUUAUCAUUACACUAUUUGUGCUGACAGUAAUGA